ACCUAAUUUUUCCUCUUUCUUUUUCCAUGGUUAAAGCAUAACCAAAACUACCAGUCAUGUGCAGUCAAAUAUUGUUUGCAGCCUCAUAUCUCUCCAACCCACUUGCUUUUGUUUCAAGAAGGACGUCCAAGGAAGAUUCGUUUUUUGAUUGUAUAUGCUAAGCUGUGGCCCUUCUUCUUCAAUUUGCUUUUUCUGUAAUGCCCCACCACACCAUCACAGCCCUGAGCAACCAAUCACCAAUAAGAUCUCUCUGAAGAGACUUCCUCAUAUGCCCAUCCAAGGGAGUUCGCUUCUUUCUUGCUCUCAUGCCAUAAUUUUUUCAAAUAUAAGAGACAGAGAGAAAAGGGUACUCUUUUCUCAGAUCUCUCUUUUCUUUUUCACUUCCACAUUCCUGACUCAAUGGCUGAUUCAAAGAAGUACAUUUCUGAAGAAGACCUUAAGACUCACAACAAGCCUGGCGAUCUCUGGAUCUCAGUACAAGGCAAGAUCUAUGAUGUUUCACAAUGGACCAAAGAUCACCCUGGUGGUGCGCUUCCACUCCUCAUUCUUGCUGGUCAAGAUGUUACUGACGCGUUUCUUGCUUACCAUCCAGGCUUUGCCUGGCAAUAUCUUGACAAAUUAUUCACUGGUUAUUAUCUUGAGGACUGCUCAGUCUCUGAGGUUUCCAAAGAUUAUAGAAAGCUUGCGACUGAGUUUUCAAAAAUGGGGUUGUUUGAAAAGAAUGGACAUGUUGUGCUAUAUACACUCUGUUUUGUGGCAAUGCUCUUUGCUGUCAGUGUUUAUGGUGUUUUCUGCUCUGAUAGUACAUGGGUACAUCUAUGUUCUGGUGGGUUAAUGGGCUUUUUGUGGAUUCAAAGUGGAUGGAUUGGCCAUGAUUCUGGCCAUUACAAGAUCACCAAAAGUCCAAGAUUCAAUCGUUUUAUGCAGGUUUUAACAGGGAAUUGCCUUGCAGGGAUAAGUAUUGAGUGGUGGAAGUGGAACCAUAAUACCCAUCACAUAGCCUGCAAUAGCCUCGACUUUGACCCAGAUCUUCAGCACAUCCCUAUGUUUGCGGUAUCCUCAAAACUUUUUGACUCAAUUUGGUCAUGUUGUUAUGAUAGGAAGAUCAAAUUUGAUUCUGUUGCUAGAUUCUUGGUUAGUUACCAGCAUUGGACAUUUUAUCCUGUCAUGUGUUUUGCUAGAAUCAAUCUGUUUGCCCAAUCUUUUUUAUUGCUGUUGUCUAAGAGGAAUGUGCCCAAUCGGCUUCAGGAAUUUUUGGGGCUUCUUGUAUUUUGGAUUUGGUAUCCCUUUCUAGUUUCCUGCUUGCCCAAUUGGGGGGAAAGAGUAAUGUUUGUUGUUGCUAGUUUUGCUGUCACUGGAAUUCAACAUGUUCAGUUCUGUUUGAAUCAUUUCUCCACAAGUGUAUAUGUUGGUCCACCUGAAGCAAAUGACUGGUUCGGGAAGCAGACAAGCGGCACACUUAAUAUAAAUUGUUCAUCUUGGAUGGACUGGUUUCAUGGAGGAUUACAGUUCCAGAUUGAGCACCAUUUGUUUCCUCGAUUGCCUCGAUGCCAUCUCAGGAAAAUUUCACCCUUUGUUAUGGACCUCUGCAAGAAGCAUAAUUUGCCAUACAAUAUUGCCUCAUUCUGGAAGGCCAAUUCGAUGACAAUAAACACUCUUCGGGCUGCAGCCUUGCAGGCUCGCGACCUGGCCAAUCCUGUUCCGAAGAAUCUGGUGUGGGAAGCUGUCAACACUCAUGGAUAAGAUGAAAACAUAGUGAAGCUUUCAGUGUUUGCAGGCUUUGACUGGGGGUCUGAUAACUUCAUUUUGUUGAUAUCUGGGGGUGCACAAUCUUGGUGUCAAUGAAAAAAUAAGAUCAUUAUUGCUUGGAGGCUUCAAUUAAAAUUUGUUAGAGCUGCAUUUUAUGGGAUGAGCUCAUGCUUUUCAUAGAUUAUAUUUCAAUGCUUUACACUGAUUUUCCUGAUGGGCUGAUAUGGUUGGUUCUGCCUCCUGUUUGUGCUGAAUAAUGCAGCUAAGGAAUUAGUGUUUGGUUUUGAUAGCUUAGUUUGCCAGUAUAAGGACUUGUAUCUUUCUCCAUAGAUUCACCAGAUUAUGUUUGCUAUUUCAUUCUUGUCAAAACCAAUGGACCUAACAUUUUAUGGCUUUGAUUUCGGAUAAAUAUGCAAUUACGAAUUUCAGCUUUCCUGUUUA